UAUGGUGUUUUGAUUUGAAAAAUGAUGCGUUUCUUCCUCUCAGUACGCUUCAUCCGUGCUCCAUGAACACGCGGUAGUCGCAACGCAGUAGCAGUGGUCAACGCGUGGCGUAGGUUUUCGUAUGGUCUUCUCUGGUAUGGUGUUAUGUGAAUUUAAAGUAUUUACGCGUCUCAUUUACCUUGAUGUCACCUGUACGUGUUACCAAAUACGUUAAUCGUCGAUCAGCGUUGGUAGAAAAGUAAAUCUGCCUGCCUGACUAUUAAGUUGCUGGCAGCAUGGACGACUCCGAUGCCACUAUCGACUCUGAUGAGUUGGAGUCGUUGGUUUCUAAAAACCGUCGACAAGAUGGCCGAGAUACUACUCGCUGCGACGUUCCUCGAAAGCGACAAAAAGUCAGCGAACGACCGGUUAAGAUACACGUGAUAUCGGACUCCAGCGGCAGUGAUACCGACUGCGAAGAGGUGCCGUGCAAGCCCGCAGUCCCGAAGCCCGCGCCCAAGAAACCGGUGUCAACUACACCGCGCAAGCCCGGCACAUCACCCAGCUCGAAAAAACUCACGGUUGACAAAAAACAAGCUUCGAAGCCUAACAGGCAACCGGUCCGAGGAGACCAUAAUAUUGUGCGCGAGGCCAAGAAAACUGUAGAAGCAGCCGCUUCGGACGAUCGGCCGGUGUGCAAGUACGGACCCAGCUGCUAUCGCAAGAAUCCAGAGCACAGACGGGAGUUUCGUCAUGACGUGGCGAAAAAUCCGAAGCCUUCAUGCUACAACGGCGCUUUGCUGAGCCUCUACUACACCACCGUCACGGGUAUUCCGGCCCGCUACAAUGCUGCGCAAAUCGCACGCUCCGUACGGGACCUUCUCUCACCCGACAUGGGUCGCCUGAUGCGCUCUGCGCAGUUCAAUUACUGCUUCGACAUUCCCUGGCUCGUCGAACAGUACCCGGCCGACUUCCAAAAGCUGCCCUUACUCGUGGUUCACGGAGAACAGCGGGAGGCAAAAAAAGCUCUCGAAGCAUCGGCAUCUGGAUUCCAGCACGUUUCCUUCGCUCAGGCUAAGCUGGAAAUCGUGUACGGCACGCACCACACCAAAAUGAUGCUACUUUUGUACAAAGAAGGGCUGCGCGUCGUCAUACACACGGCCAACAUGGUCCCGACCGACUGGGCUCAGAAAACUCAGGCCAUCUGGGUUGGGCCUGUUUGUCCGCGCCUCGCGCCAGGUUCGAGCGGUGGUGACUCUGAAACUGGGUUCAGAACAGACCUUCUCAACUACCUGUCGGCCUACGGUGACACCCACAUAAAUGAGUGGUGCCAUUAUAUUCGCACGCAUGAUUUCUCUGCAGUCAAGGUUUUCCUAGUCGGUUCAGUGCCGGGAAGACACACAGGGACGAGGAAGUCAUGUUUCGGCCACUUGAGACUCCGAAACCUGCUCAGUCAACAUGGACCUAGCAAGGACCUGGUGUCUAACCAUUGGCCUCUUGUUGCCCAGUUCUCCAGUAUUGGUUCUCUGGGUGCUAGUGCAGAGAGUUGGCUGUUGGGCGAGUUCCUCUCCAGCCUCUCAACAACAAAGGGUUCUGUAGUGACAGCACGGUCAGUGCCUCUGAAGCUCGUGUUCCCUUCGGUGGAUGAUGUUCGCUGUAGCCUUGAAGGCUACCCUGCCGGUGCCUCUAUCCCUUACAGCAUAGUCACGGCAGACAAACAGCGAUGGCUGGACUCCUUCUUCCAUCGGUGGAAGAGUGAACGAUUGGGCCGCACUGCUGCAUCUCCCCACAUCAAAACGUACACCCGACUUUCACCCAGCGGCAAGCAGAUUGCCUGGUUGCUCGUCACGAGUGCCAACCUUUCGAAGGCUGCUUGGGGUGCUCUGGAGAAAAAUGGAAGCCAGCUGAUGAUACGUUCGUACGAACUUGGAGUGCUCCUCUUUCCUGGGAACUUUGGGCAGGCGACUACCUUUGUUGUCUCCGACGAGGCAGGCGGAAAUGGUGCUCUGUUUUUGCCUCUUCCGUACGAUGUGCCUUUGGCCCCGUACACAAAAGAUGACGAACCUUGGACUUGGGAUAGCCAGCAUAGAGAACUACCCGAUCGGUUUGGGAACAUGUGGUGUCCACCUGUAAAUAGGCGGGGCCGGUAGGAAUAAUUAAAGCAAUUUGCAAGGUUGUGCUAUGGGGAGUUUUAAAAUUUGUGCCAAUGAUCCUGACUGUGGUUUUAUUAUUCACAGUUUAUUUUGCUUUUAAUGAACUUGUAUACUUCUUCCUUUCAUAAUUGGUGUGUAGCUGUGACACCUUAUUGCAGCAUUUGUCGGUGUUGGAUUUUUACUCUUGCACUGAAGAAGCAUUUCAAUUUGUAAUCAGUACUCAUUGCAGUAGAAUAUUCAAUAUGCUAAAAUUCUGGUUUAUAUGCUUGCCAGUGAGCCAACGUUUUCAAGAGUUACUGUGGCAUGAAUGCUCAUUGUGAUAUGAUCACUUCUUGAUGUCUAACUGUAUAAUAUAUUGCUAGCUUUGGUCAUUACCAGUGUCAUGAAAUCAACUUUUCAUAAUAAAUUUUUGUUGGUGUAUAGUGUUCUGCUAGUUCAAAUCGUAGCACAAAAUGCUGGUGUCAAUCUUUAUGAGAAUGAUGCCAUUUAAAAAAGUAAUUGAAUUACUUUUUUGCAAUACUGUUAUACCAAAAACAUGGCAAGAUGUUUGGAAGUUAAAAAAGAAGAAAAAAAAAAGCUAGUCAGUGAUGCCACCUUAAAGUUUGUGCAGCACUUGCUUACGUUACACAUGGCCCAAUGAAGACAUAAAUUCAGACACUAUCCAUGAAAGCCCACGUAACCAUUUAUUGAUAAAAGUGUCCUGUGUUCCACAUACAGGAGCCUAAUGCUUGGCAUGGUAAGGUCACUCAGAAUUAAUCCAGCCAGACAAGGAGAAAAAAAAAAAAGCUAGUUUCUAGUGCCACACUGGCAUACCAAGCACUGUUUCUUAUAGCAAAGGGCAUACCAGCAUCAAGGCUUCAGUGCAGAAUACGAUAAUAUAAACUUUGAAUUUGAUUUUCUUUUUUAAUAUUGAGCCUACGAUCGGGAUAUCAAUGACUGUGAAAUUGAGGAAAAUAAAAAUGCUUGAGAUAUUUUUUGAGAAAUCACA